UAAAAUCCACUGUUCUACGGUUCCGCAGUUCGCUGAUUUAGUGUCAGUUAUUAGUUUAGAGAUGGAGUAUGGAAACAGGCCCUUCGGCCCACGGAGUCCGCGCCGGACAUCGAUCAACAGUUCACACUAGUCCCAUGUUAUCCCACGUUUGCAUCCACUCCUUACACAUUUGACAGAGGCCGAUUAACGUGCAAACUCGCACGACUUUGGAGUGUGGAAGGAAACCGGUGCACCGAGAGGAAACCCACGCGGUCACAGAGAAAAUGUGCAAACUCCACGCAGACAGGAUCGAAGCCGAAUCUCUGGCGCUGUGAAGAAGCAGCUCUACUUGUAUGCUUUUGAAGCAACUGCCUUUACAAUUAUGUAAAUGGAAAGUUUUAAUCUGGAAGAAGUGUUAGACGACUGGUGAAUAUGUCGAGAAAUAGACGGAUCUCAUUUCUGUGUGCAGCAGUAGUUCACUUUAGCCUCCUCAAAAAAGGUUUACAGUAAUAGGCUAAAUAUUUACUCGCUCGUCUAAUGCUGGAACCCGAGGUGUAAUUCUGGAGCUUUAAGGGUUAUAGCAGGCAAUAAAAGCUCCUUAAAUGCCUUUUGCCUGACGCAUGUUGUAUUGUCACGAAGAAGGUUUUGUUUCUGAUUACAGUUAACAGUUCUAUUAUAACACCGGUUCCUUGUGGCGUUUCAUGUACAUCAAAUAAACAAAUAUACCUUACCAACAACUAAACGUUAGAAAUUAAUUUAAACGGAGACAAAUCUUACAUAACCAACAGAAGAAGGAAGCUGAUGAAAACUCAGCAUUGACCUUGGGUCAACAGCUACAGUACAGAUGUGUCAUUCUACAAUGCAGUUCGUGUCCUUGACGUUUGUUCACAGAGUUUUAAUUUGUAAAGAGUCCACACUGUGCUUUAUUUGCUAAGUGCUGUGGAGUAACAGCAAUAAAAAGAUCAGGUAGUUUGGACCAGGGUGUAGUGUGUGCUUAAUAGAUAGUGUCGUUUCUGGGAGGUGGAACUCAAAGUAUUUGAUCAAUGCCUGCACCAGUCUAUCAUUCUCAAUAUUUUUGAACAGGGAGGAAUUGUGCGCUUUCAUGUUGUGACCGAAAGUAUUUGUGAGAUUAUAUCUGCAAGGCCUGGAGUGAAGAGAAUCAUUUGGUGAAAUUAUAAGAUGGAUUCGACCUCGCUACGGUACAAGCUGACGUUAGAGACAUCUAGCGAUAAGGCAGUAAUGCUGCAGGAUGAACAGCGUCCACUUGAUAUGAAUCCAGUACUUUCCACGAAUAUUGCGUUUCGCCCUGCUAUGUUUCCUUCAGCGUUGAAAACGACCCCAGGUGGAAAAUGCCUCGGAUUGUAUUCGGAGGACUUUUCGACUUGCAGUCCACGUGGAAUAGUAGAUCGGGACAUCUUUGCCGUCUCACCUGAGGCAGGUCGAUUCACUGCCAACCAGCUCCAAAGUGACAGUCAUAUAUCUUUGUUUAGUAACUACCCCCACAAUCCCUGCGAGAGAAGUGAAACCUCCACAAACUCAGGAAUUUAUCAGAGUUGGCCACUAGAAUACUCCCGGGCUGCACCUGUCCAGAUCCAAACAGAUCCCAAUGACCUGGACCUCACUUCGUUCAGCCAUUCCCAGUAUUACGGAGCACCCAUUUCAGGAGGAACACUUCCAACGGCAGGUCCCGGCGUCCCAAUGCAUUUAGGUCAGUCUGAUGAUGCCUUGUACAGGUAUUGCCUUAAAUGUAUGUUUAACGUCUUCAUUGGUGUGUACGUUACAGCUUUCGGAUUGACAUCGCACUGGCCGCAGUCACAGAACCCUGGAAGUAGCCUAAGAAAGAAACGAAUUCCUUACAGCAAACAGCAAAUUGCUGAAUUGGAAAAGUCUUUUGAAAAAAAUCGAUUCCUCACCCCUGAAAUCCGACUGAAUAUUUCCUUUAAAUUAGGUUUAUCAGAAAGACAGGUAAGACAGUCUUUUUCCAGCCGUUACAAUAUGAGAGAAUGAAAUCCCUAUCCGAUGGUCUGGUCUUUCUUGCUUGCCAACAGGUGGGUGCAUGUAUUCCCAGGGAACAUUAAAAACCGAGACAGUUCCUAUUUGUAAGUUUUCUGUUUAAAACAAAUAUUCUACUACUUUUCAGGUAA